AUGAAGUUGUCACAAAUUCUCAUGGGGAUCGAAGACAAACCGUCUUCCACAGGUUCAAACUCGAACUCUAUGGAGAGCAAACCACCUGUAGAUAGUACGAAGCCUAUAAAAGUUGGCGCCGCUCCACAGUAUGUUCCAUUCAAGGCAUCCCGGUCCAAUAUGAUUUCCAACUUGGUAAUCAAUUCUUUUUUUGGUCUAGGGUUGUACUGGCUAUACAAAGAUUAUCAAAGUGGCAAGAAAAUGCCCAAAGAUAGUCACGGCACGGUAACUAUCGUUCACGACUACCCUAAUCGGGUGUUUAAAAACAAGAAUCCCAACCGGGAGAAGAAUCAAUUCUCGCAAGUGUUUUCCGAAUUGACAUAUGGAGACUUGUCGUUUUUCACCAUAGGUUUAGGAUUUCUUAUGCAAUUGGCGAACAUGGCACACGUUUCGUUUGGUAGAAAAUCGUUACUGUAUAAAUCCGGCAUAUUUUCCGUGCUUCUUUAUCCUCCCUUCACUUUUUACAUGUACAGCUUGAGGAACAAGAGCUCUGCGUCGAUACUAAAUAAUUGA